UUCUCGCCGAUUUUAUGUAUUUUGGGCCAAAUCUGUCCUUAAUGAGUAUAAGCAUUAAGCAGUAGUUAUCAUGUUUUUCUCUAUGCAAUGCCAAUACAGAGAGCUAUGAAAAUGGUUGCUUAUCAAACUUUGAUAGUUCCUCUUGUUUCCAUCCUCUUGUUCAUCAUCUUCCUUCACAAACGACGCUACACCGCUGCGCCGCCGCCAAGAAAAAGGCUGCCGCCCUCUCCAAGAAAGCUUCCCAUAAUCGGAAAUCUCCACCAGCUCGGUGUCUAUCCUCACCGCUCUUUCCAGGCCUUAUCCAGGCGUUACGGCCAGCUCAUGUUACUUCACUUAGGCCAACUUCCGGUUCUCGUUGCCUCCUCGGCUGAUGCAGCCUGCGAGAUCAUGAGAAACCAGGACCUCAUCUUCUCAAACAGGCCAAAAUUAAGCAUCCCUGACAGGCUAACGUAUGGCUCCAGGGACGUGGCGUUCGUGCCUUAUGGCGAGUAUUGGAGGAAGGCGAGAAGCAUAUGCGUGCUCCAGCUUUUGAGCAACAAAAGGGUCCAGUCUUUUCGUCGUGUCAGAGAAGAAGAGACGUCGAAUAUGAUUGACAAGAUCAGGCAAUUGGGGUCAUCAUCGUUGGUUGUGGACUUGAGCGACGUAUUGGUGACAACCACGAACAAUGUCUUUUGCAGGGUGGCAUUGGGUAGGAAGUAUGGCGAUGAGGACGGAGAAGGGAGAAAGAUCAAGAAGGUUUUAAAAGAGUUUGUGGAGUUAUUAGGCACAUCGAGCAUAGGGGACUACAUCCCGUGGUUGGGUUGGACGAGUCGAGUCAAUGAUUUAGAUGUCAAAGUGGAAAAAAUUGCUAAACUGUUGGAUGAGUUCUUGGAGGGUGUGAUUCAAGAACAUAGAGAUAGGGAUAAAGGGGAAAAGGUUUGCGAUGACGGAUUCUAUGGAGAUGGAGGGUUGGAUUUUGUAGACAUAUUGCUUGAAUUUCAGACAGAAAAUAAAGGUAGCUCUCCUCCUGUUGAAGUUGAUACAAUUAAAGCUAUCAUCUUGGACAUGUUCGCUGCUGGAACCGAUACCUUGGCUUCUAGUUUAGAGUGGGCGAUAGCAGAGCUUAUAAGAAACCCGAGAAGCAUGAAAAGUUUGCAGAAUGAGGUGAGAGAAGCAGCCGGAAUGAAGGAAGAGAUAUCGGAGGAGGACUUAGAGAAAAUGCACUAUCUGAAAGCAGUGAUCAAAGAGAGUCUAAGACUACAUGCACCGGUUCCGUUACUAAUAGCCCGAGAAUCAACUCAGGACACAAAACUAAUGGGCUAUCACAUCUCAGCCGGCACACAAGUGAUCGUCAACGCAUGGGCGAUCGGUAGGGACCCAUCGUUGUGGGAAAAUCCUCAAGAGUUUCAUCCAGAGAGGUUCUUGGACACAAGCAUAGACUUCAGAGGCCUUCAUUUUGAGUUGAUUCCGUUCGGUGCUGGUCGGAGGGGCUGUCCCGGUGUUGCGUUUGCUGUGGCUGUCAAUGAGCUCGCAUUGGCCAAGUUGGUGCAUAAGUUCGAGUUUGCAUUGCCCGAUGGAGGAAGAGGGGAGGAUUUAGACAUGACUGAAUCCUAUGGAAUUACAGUCCGUCGAAAAAGUCCUCUGCUUGUAGUCACCACUCCACACACUUGUCACGCUAAAUUAUAAUGAGGCUCUCAUAGGUUUGUUUUAAUUAUAAAUUAUAAUGAGCCGCAGUGCUAACGUUAGAGUUGUGGUUGUUUGAUGGGGCGAGUGAGAUGGGGACACCCGCCCAAUCGUUUUCAUCUCUUUUUCCUUUUUUUUUUUUCAAGGA